AGCCCUCAGCCUCCAAUCCGUAAGAGACGCUCAGCCCCAGCAAUUGGAUUGGGCAGCCUGUCUUGACACAGCACUGUGCUGAGUGCUUGAGGACGUGUUUCAACAGAUGGUUGGGGUUAGUGUGUGUCAUCACAUUCGAGUGGGGAUUAAGAGAAGGAAGGCUGCCCUGCUGGAGCUGUGUGGUCUUCUCCAAGUGAGAGUUGCAGGCAAAUCCAAGUACUUGGCUUUGGGGAAGAAGAGAAGGAAUUCAUUUGCAGCGGUCACAAGAAAAGCAGUAUUUCCAGGUGCUGAGGGCCAGCCGCCAUCAGCUGGAGAAGGUGAAUUUGGCAAAUGACAUGAAGGUUCUUCACGGCAGAAUCAUCGCAGGGAAGCUUCAAAGGACUCCAUCUGCAGAUGUUCUGAAAACCUCUGAGUCUAGAAAUUGAUUAUUCAACCAGGACACCUAAUUCAAGAACUCAGAAGACAGACGUAUUGUCAGCUUUGCAACAUUGGACCAAGUACAAUGAAGCAUUCUUGCUGGGCUCUGCUGCUGGCUCUUCUGGGCACAGAGUUGCUGGGGAGCUUGGGUUCCACCGUGCGGUCCCAGAGGUUCAGAGGAAGGAUACAGCAGGAACGGAAGAACAUCCGACCCAACAUUAUUCUUGUGCUCACCGAUGACCAGGACGUGGAGCUGGGUUCUCUGCAAGUCAUGAACAAAACGAGAAAGAUCAUGGAACACGGCGGGGCCACCUUCACCAACGCCUUUGUGACCACACCCAUGUGCUGCCCGUCUCGGUCAUCCAUGCUCACGGGGAAGUAUGUGCACAACCACAACGUCUACACCAACAAUGAGAACUGCUCUUCUCCCUCCUGGCAGGCAAUGCACGAGCCACGGACCUUUGCCGUGUAUCUCAACAACACUGGCUACAGAACAGCCUUUUUUGGAAAAUACCUCAAUGAAUAUAAUGGCAGCUACAUCCCUCCUGGGUGGCGAGAAUGGCUUGGAUUAAUCAAGAAUUCUCGUUUCUAUAAUUACACUGUUUGUCGCAACGGCAUCAAAGAAAAGCAUGGAUUUGAUUAUGCAAAGGACUACUUCACAGACUUAAUCACUAACGAGAGCAUUAAUUACUUCAAAAUGUCUAAGAGAAUGUAUCCCCAUAGGCCCAUUAUGAUGGUGAUCAGCCACGCAGCGCCCCACGGCCCUGAAGACUCGGCCCCACAGUUUUCAAAACUGUACCCCAAUGCCUCCCAACACAUAACUCCAAGCUAUAACUACGCACCGAACAUGGACAAACACUGGAUCAUGCAGUACACGGGUCCCAUGCUGCCCAUCCACAUGGAGUUCACCAAUGUCCUCCAGCGCAAACGGCUCCAGACUCUGAUGUCAGUUGAUGACUCUGUAGAGAGGCUGUACAACAUGCUUGUGGAGACAGGUGAGCUGGACAACACUUACAUCAUCUACACUGCCGACCACGGAUACCACAUUGGACAGUUCGGACUGGUCAAGGGGAAAUCCAUGCCAUAUGACUUUGACAUCCGUGUGCCUUUCUUUAUUCGUGGUCCCAGCAUAGAACCAGGAUCGAUAGUCCCACAGAUUGUUCUGAACAUCGAUCUAGCCCCCACCAUCCUGGAUAUUGCAGGGCUCGACACCCCUCCUGAUGUGGAUGGCAAGUCUGUCCUCAAACUUCUAGACCUGGAAAAGCCAGGUAACAGGUUUCGAACAAACAAGAAGGCCAAAAUUUGGCGUGAUACGUUCCUAGUGGAAAGAGGGAAAUUUUUACGGAAGAAGGAGGAAUCCAGCAAGAAUGUCCAGCAGUCAAACCACCUGCCCAAGUAUGAAAGGGUCAAGGAGCUGUGCCAGCAGUCCCGAUACCAGACAGCCUGCGAGCAGCCCGGGCAGAAGUGGCAGUGCAUUGAGGACACAUCCGGGAAGCUCCGCAUCCACAAGUGUAAAGGACCCAGCGACCUGCUCACCGUCCGUCAGAGCACACGCGACCUCUACUCUCGCGGCGGGCACGACAAAGACAAAGAGUGCCAGUGUAGGGAGUCUGGUUACCGAUCCAGCAGAAGCCAGAGGAAGAGCCAAAGGCAGUUCCUGAGGAACCAAGGAACACCAAAGUAUAAGCCCAGGUUUGUGCACACCCGGCAGACUCGGUCCCUGUCUGUUGAAUUCGAAGGUGAAAUAUACGACAUAAAUCUGGAAGAAGAAGAAUUGCAAGUGUUACCAUCGAGGAGCAUUGCUAAGCGCCACGAUGAGGGCCACCACGGGUUGGGAGGCCACCCGGCUGCUAUUGGUGACCUCAGGGAUGAGAUGCUGGCAGACAGUAGUAAUGCAGUCGGGCUACCCACCACUGUCCGUGUGACACACAAAUGCUUUAUUCUUCCAAAUGAUACAAUCCAUUGUGAGAGAGAGCUGUACCAAUCAGCCAGAGCGUGGAAGGACCAUAAGGCCUACAUCGACAAAGAGAUUGAAGUUCUGCAAGAUAAAAUCAAGAACUUAAGAGAAGUAAGGGGACACCUGAAGAAAAGGAAGCCGGAGGAAUGUAGCUGUGGUAAGCAGAGCUAUUACAACAAAGAGAAAGGAGUAAAAAGGCAAGAGAAGUUAAAAAACCAUCUUCACCCUUUCAAGGAGGCUGCAGCCCAGGAGGUAGACAGCAAGCUGCAGCUCUUCAAGGAGAACCGUCGGAGGAAGAAGGCGAGGAAGGAGAAGAAACGCCAGCGGAAAGGGGAGGCGUGCAGCCUGCCUGGCCUCACCUGCUUCACACAUGACAACAACCACUGGCAGACUGCCCCGUUCUGGAACCUGGGGUCGUUCUGCGCAUGCACGAGUUCUAACAACAACACAUACUGGUGUUUGCGUACAGUUAAUGAGACGCACAAUUUUCUCUUUUGUGAGUUUGCUACUGGCUUUCUGGAGUAUUUUGACAUGAAUACGGAUCCUUAUCAGCUCACCAACACGGUACACACCGUAGAACGGGGCAUUUUGAAUCAGCUACACAUACAGCUAAUGGAGCUCCGCAGCUGUCAAGGGUACAAGCAGUGCAACCCCAGACCCAAGAGCCUUGACAUUGAGGACAAUUAUGGGAUGGAUGGGAAGGUUAGUCAGUCCAACGUCGUUUCCGACACCAACUGGCAAGGCCUGGAGGAGUUAUCCAGUGUGAACGACUACACCGCCGAUGAGUACAGACAUAACCCUAGACUGAGUCUGGAGUCCUGGACUAGCUACCUGAAGGCUGUAGAUAGAACAUUUGCACUGCUAAACAGUCACUCUGAGCAAAACAAAGCAAAUGGGACUCCAGCUGCUCCAAGCGGUGGCUUCCCAGUCGCCUCUGCUGAUCUCUCGGUGUCAGCAGAGAUGGCCUCUGCAGAGUCGGGAGAAGACCCAAGUCAUGUGGUUGGGGAAACACCUCCCUUGACCUUGCCAGCCAACCUCCAAACCCUGCCUUCGAACAGACCCACAUUAAGUCCAGAGAGAAGACUUGAAUGGAAUAACGACAUUCCAGAAGUGAAUCAUUUGAAUUCUGAACACUGGAGAAAAAGUAAAACUGAAAAACAGAUGGGGUGGGAGGAGAUCCGCCAUCUUGACGGUGACAUCAGUGGCAACGGCAUGACAGAGCUGGGACUCCAGUCUCAUCGCAGGCUGCAGCCCAUCAGCCAGCAUCAACGAGAAUGCCCCCAGGAUGCAGAGCCAGAAGAGGAUGCUUUUGAAGAUCAAUUGCAUCCUCAUGUUCAUUCUGACAGAACUUCUGUUCAUCAAGUGUUCAAUGUGUCCGGUGUGGAGCAGCCUAUUCAUUCCAGCUCCACAGAGAGACUAUUGGCCAAGAUGCAGAAGAGUGGCAUAAAAGAGUGGGUACCGAAUCCAGAGGGCAGUGCCUCCUCUCCACUCACCUCUGAUUAGAUGAAAUGUUGCCUGAAUCCUUCUAAGUUUUUAUUAGUAAACUAGUGGU